AUGGAGUGGAAUGGACAGCGGUUUUUGGUAUUCCAGAAAUUACCAACAAAAGGAGCUUCACACUUCAAGUUCUUCACAUUGAAUGAUGAAAAAUAUCUUGCAGUUGCAAACUAUUAUGACGGAAGUACCUACUCUAUAAAAUCAGUCAUCUACAAAUGGAACGGCGGCAAAUUCAACAAGUUCCAAGAGAUAGCAACUGAAGGUGCCUUCGGGUGUACGGCAUUUCAAAUAAACAAUGUCACUUUCAUCGCUUUCGCCAACUAUCACAAUUCUCAACAAAAGUAUUCUGUUCAGUCCACUGUCUUCAAAUGGUCAGGAGGACACUUUGUCAAACUACAGUCUCUUCAAUCUUACGGUGCCUUUGACGUGAAGAGUGUCACCAUCAAUGGUCACACAUUCCUCGCUUUUUCCUGCCACUACUCUGGAAGUUCUCACAACACUGACUCGUUUAUUUACAAAUGGGAUCGCUCAAAGUUCGUUCUGUUCCAGUCCAUUCCUACUCGUGGGGCCUUCGCUUGGCAUCCAUUCGUGAUCAGCGGUCAUACCUUUUUAGGUGUGGCCAACUACUACGACAGCAGCCAGAAACACAACACUCAGUCCACUGUGUACCAGGCCUCUGGAGCACAGUUCACUAAGUACCAAGAGAUUUCCACGCAUGGAGCGUAUGAUAUGACAUCAUUUGAGUACAUAGGACACACUUAUCUGGCAGCGGCGAAUUCCUAUAAUCAGAGGUACAACAUAAACAGCGUUUUAUAUAAGUGGGUUUAAGGACUGGGACAAAAGACGAAAAGCGUGAUGACCAAGAGUCUUAACUGCUUAUGCAUAGUUGUAGUGAUAGUAUUUCCUCAAUCAUCGAAAACUGUUUAAGGUUUUGGGAUUCCUUGUCCAAAUUCAUCUCUUUGAUAACUUGGUGUUUACAUUAUUAGCCUUUCUAAGGAUGAAAUUAGCAAUAAAGCUGGAUACUAGAUACUAAGAUCUGGUUUCUUUCUAAUCUUUUUUGAGUAAAAAGCUUUCACUAUUAUUGAUAAACGUUGAUCCAAAGAACCGUAAUAUCAGAAAGGCUCAAUAUUCUUCAAAGGACUAUAAUACCCUUAGCUGAUCUGUUGUCUGUGUUGUCUCACACAAACCAGGGAAUUCUUUCCAGAGCAGGAUCAAGAGACAAAUUCAAAGGAACACCAAUUCGUUUACGCGCAUCAGGUGGAAUAUUUCAUCUAGUUUAGAUUUGUUUCAGAUCCACGAAUGUUUAGAAUA